AUGGUGCCCAUCUGCCUAAUCUUCAGCCUCGCCGUCAUCAUAUCCGCUGUGCAUGCAGCCCCUAUCGAACCGAACCAACCACCGUCCAAUUGGUCGAAGGAAGCAAUCUUCGGCCUUCUCGGAUUCUUUGCUGCCAUCCUGACUAUUCUCGCUAUGGUACUCAUGGCUUCACCUUCAGCACGCAAAUGGUGUACUCGAAAUGACAGGGCGGCGCAGCAGCUGAGUUUUGCUUGUCUAUACAUGUAUGAGAAGAAGAUUGCAGAUAAUGGAAGAAGGCCCACGGCGAAAUAG